AUGCUACCUCUACAGGCCCUGAGAAGAGUGCCACCAAGGCCGUUCUACUCCUCCCUGGCCUUGAAAAGAUGUUUCAACUCCAGAAGAAGCACUCCGCUACAGUCUAAGAUCCUGCCAUUGCCAAGUUCCACCUUCCUUCUUGUCUGCGCAAUUGGUUUGGGCGCAUACUCCUUGGAUGCAAGAUCCGCAGCAAAUGAAUACCUAUGGUGUCCUCUGAUCCGUUUGCUUACCGACGCAGAGCAAGGCCACAAACUCGGUAUUGAUUUGUUAAAGUCAGGUGUAUACCCACGUUUGUUCUCUGAUAUCGAUGAUCCAGUGCUAGAGGUCGAUGUUUUCGGGAAAAAACUAUCCAACCCAAUCGGUAUGGCUGCAGGUUUUGACAAACACGGUGAAGUCAUCGACCCAUUGUUCAACCUAGGUUUCGGAUACGUUGAAAUUGGUUCCAUCACCCCGCUUCCUCAACCUGGUAACCCUACCCCAAGGUUUUUCAGACUAGGACAGGAUGACGCUGUCAUCAACAGGUAUGGUUUCAACUCGGUUGGCCAUUUGGCAGUAUUAGCGGAGUUGAAGAGAAGAUUCACCAAAUUACACGUCGCACAUCCAAAUGCAACCUUGAACUCUUUCAGAGACAACAAGUUUUUGGCCAUCAAUUUGGGUAAGAAUAAGACCGGAGAUGAGGUCCAAGAUUACAUCAAAGGUGUACAAAGUUUUGGCCCGUACGCUGAUGCAUUAGUCAUCAACGUGUCUUCUCCGAAUACUCCAGGUUUAAGAGAUUUACAAAACGAAAAGAAAUUGACUAAUCUUCUUACUAAGGUCGUUGCAGAAAGAAAUAGCCUCGAUGGUGAAUUGAUUGAUUCUUCCAGAAAACCUCCUAUUUUGGUCAAAGUUGCACCUGAUUUGACCGAACCAGAGAUCAAGUCCAUUGCUCAGUCUGCAAAAGAUGCUAAAAUUGAUGGUAUUAUUCUCUCUAAUACAACAAUACAAAGACCAGUCGAUCAAAUGAUCACUAAGUCCAAUGUGGUCCAAGAGACUGGAGGACUAUCAGGCAAACCUUUGAAGCCAAUUUCUUUGAAAGCGUUCAGAAUUUUAAGAAAAUACACCAAGGACUCUAAUUUAGUUCUUGUUGGUUGUGGUGGUAUCAGCACUGGUAAGGAUGCCAUCGAGUUUGCCAAAGCAGGUGCUACUUACGUUGAGCUAUACACGGCUUUUGCUUACAAGGGACCAGGUUUGGCCAGAAAGAUCAAGGAUGAGGUCACCGCCGAGUUGAAGAAGGAAGGUAAAACUUGGAUGGAGAUUGUGGGCUCGGAUGAUAAAUGA